GUUCACGUUGCACGGAGCGAGGAUUCCCUUAACUGUGGCUUACGUGGAAGGAAGCCGAGGUUUGCAGGUUAACCCUGUCCGGGGCCUGCAGUUCUCCAGGCGCAGCCUCUAGCUGGACGUGUGGAUGCGGCGCUGAUUGCUCUCCUCCGUCCCGGCCCUGGGGUCAAAAACGACCCUCGCUGGAAGGAGAAGCGGGCUGGCUUUCCCGGGCUUUGCUCCGGGUCUGGUCUCAGAGGAGGCCGAGGAAGACCCGCGCCCUUUUGGAGGACUCCGGCCGGCCGAGUACUGAAGUUCUUCAUUGAAGAAGAAAUUGGACUGCUGAAGAAGAUUUAUUGGUCCUCAUGCAUUCCAACAGCUGUUUUACCUCUCUGUUCUCCUUUACUGGCCCUGCUACGAAGAGGUUGUUGGGUUGGAAGCAAGGAGACGAGGAGGAGAAGUGGGCUGAAAUGGCAGUGGAUUCCUUGGCAAAGAAGCUGAUGAAGAAAAGGGGUGCCUUGCAGGAACUGGAGAGAGCCCUCAGCUGUCCUGGGCAGCCCAGCAAGUGUGUGACCAUCCCCCACUCCUUGGAUGGAAGGAUGCAGGUCUUCCACCGCAAAGGGUACCCGCAUGUCAUCUACUGCCGAGUGUGGCGCUGGCCUGACCUGCAGUCUCAGCAUGAAUUGAAACCCCUGGCCUGCUGUGAAUUCCCCUUUGGUUCCAAGCAGAAGGACGUCUGCAUCAACCCUUACCAUUACCAAAGAGUGGCAGCUCCAGUGUUGCCUCCAGUGUUGGUUCCAAGACAGAGUGAAUUCAAUGCACAGUUCAGCCUCCUCAACACAUGCCAAAAUGUGUCUCUUGAGAGUGAACAACAGAUGCCCAACAGCGCAACUCAGCCUGAUCCUCAGCAUGCAAAGCAGCCUCCCUGCACCCCUUUCCCAGCAUCUCACAAUAUGCCCACUCCAUCAACAAGCACCAUGGGCUACCCAGUCACCCCAGGAUGUGCAGCUGCUCCAGAAAGACCUUCUGAGCUCACAGAUGUCCAACGUGUGAGCUAUGAGGAACCAGAGCAGUGGUGCUCAAUUGCCUAUUACGAACUCAAUACAAGAGUAGGAGAGACUUUUCAGGCCUUUUCUCGAAGUAUACUAAUAGAUGGCUUUACAGAUCCUUCAAACAAGGACCACUUCUGCCUUGGAUUGUUCUCUAAUAUUAACAGGAACUCUUCCAUAGAAAACACCCGGAACCACAUCGGAAAAGGUGUCCAUCUGUAUUAUGUGGGGGGAGAGGUCUUUAUUGAGUGCUUGAGCGACUGUAGCGUUUUUGUCCAGAGCUCGAAUGCCAACUGUGAACGUAGCUUCCACCCGAGCACCGUCUGCAAAAUCCCCAGUGGAUACAACCUGAAGAUCUUCAACAACCUGCUCUUUGCACAACUGCUUUCCCGGUCAAUUAACUGUGGUUUUGAGGCCGUCUCUGAGCUCACCAAGAUGUGCAUUAUCCGGAUGAGCUUCGUUAAAGUAAGAACUUUUUUUGUCUUGUAUUAUAAAGCUGAAAAAUUGGGACUGGCUUCCUUGUUACAGGGACAUUUUAAAAGGAUGAGAUGCACUAAAUUUUGUACCUUCACGAAAUUUCGCCAUAAACAAGAAGGGAAAAAUUAUUGCAACUCUGAAAUUUGUGGCACUGUCUUGCCACUAGCGACUUCAAUUACAACUGAUCUCUGACAAGAGGGAAUAAAAAGGGAUUUUUUUAAAUUUAAGUCCAGGAUUAUUCCAAAUGAACCAUAUGUGCCCUGGAGGACCUAGACUGUCCUCUGGCUGACCUUUUCAGUUCCAAUAAUGGCAAUUUUCAACUGGGCUUUCAUUGGUCUUAUUGGCCACAGAAUAUCAGUUUUACCUUUUCUAGGCCCUUCUCAAGAGACCUCUUCCAACUCCCUUAUUUAGGAUUGUGCUUUAUUUCUACAUUGCCCAUUGUUUCUUCAAAAUGGCGUGCAAAAUUAGAAUAGCUCUAAGUCUAAAAUCCAUAUGCGUGCUCUUUGGACUUUUUGGGACUCUCAGAACUAGAGCUGAGUAAAAUCAUUUCUGAACUUGAUUUCCGGAAGGAGAUGGUAGAUCUGCUUAAAAUUCCACAAAGGUUCCUGUGCUGUGAUUACAGUACUCACUCUCCUCAGAUUCAGGUUUAACUUUGAAAAUAUAACCAAAGAUUCAAUAUGAGAGACUAUAUAAUAGAGACUUCGCUUACGUAAUCAUUACAUCUUCAAAAAGUGUCCUAAUUCAAAUGGCAGCAUUGUGUGGAUUUGUGUAGGAAAAGAAUGACAAUCAAGUCUAUCCCAGAUGAAAAACCAAUUAAUGAACUGAAAGUCUGGCAGAUGUAACUCCAUAUUAGGCUGUUUCCUUAAUUGUUCUUUGCUGAAGAAUGCUUUUGAGUUGUUGAACUAAUACUAAUGAUGUGAUUUGCUCCAAGUCCAUAUAUUUUUAUUAGAUGCAUCCUAACUCUAUCCACAGUUGUACGUCAGUACUUGACAGUGCAAAGGAAAGGUAAUGGAUGUAUUUAACUAAAAUCAAGGAAGUGUUUUCUUGAAUAGAAUGAAGAAUGUCUCAUCCUUUCCCAUUUGUUGGUCUCUUCUUGUAGGGCUGGGGAGCAGGUUACCAUCGCCAGGCAAUCACCAGUACCCCAUGUUGGGUGGAGAUCCACCUUCAUGGAGCUUUGAAAUGGCUGGACAAGGUGCUGAGGGAAAUGGGCUCUGCAGAGGCUCCCAUCUCU